AUGCUAGAGAUCAAUGAACUGGUUUCAAAAGCUCGCGGGGAAGGCAAACAUGUCGUCCAUUUAGGCUUCGGCGAGGCCACAUUUCCUAUCCAGCGAAAAGUUCUUCAGGCUCACAAGGAAGCAUCCACAGAAACAAGCUAUAUGCCCGUUGCUGGCUUAGAGACUUUACGAACGUCCAUUGCAAGUUUCAAUGCGGAUCGUCUCGGUGUCAAGAUCAGCCCUAAUCAGGUAGUUGUUGCCCCCGGAUCGAAGUCGCUGCUUUUCGCUUUAUUCGAUAUACUCGAUGGCGCUGUCUUGCUUCCUCGUCCCUCGUGGGUCAGUUAUGAGCCACAGGUUCUACAUGCCGGGAAAAGGCUUUUCUGGGUUGAGACGGAUGCUGUCGAUCGUCACACCAUUACCAAGUUAUCCCUUCUCUCUCUCUACGAGAAGGCAGUCUCAGAGGACCAAGUUCCUCGGAUUAUGCUGGUCAACAGCCCAUCAAAUCCGACAGGACACGUCUUUUCUACAAGUUGCGCUCAAACGAUCAAAGAUUUUUGGAAAUCGAAGGGGAUCAUUCUCAUCACAGACGAGAUAUAUUCGGAUAUCUGCUUCGAUGAAUCUCAGAAAGGGAUAAGCGCAUUUGACAGUGCCACUGAUGAUCCCGAAACCGUGAUCCUCUCUGGUGGGCUAUCUAAGACAUACUCGGCUGGUGGCUGGCGCGUAGGCUAUGCCAUUUUCCCCCGUCGGAACAAGGAGAUAUCAUCUGCAAGACAGUCUUUGAAUAUGCUUCCGAAUGCUGGUCUGCGGCAUCCGCACCGGCCCAAUUCGCAUCCAUCAAAGCUUUCUCUACGAGUGAAGAUAUGUCUCUAUUCUGCGCUCAAGGAACUCGGAUUGGAUGUUGGGCAGCCUGGGGGCGCCUUUUACGUCUACCCUGCUGACCUUUCAGCGUGGCUGAUACGAGAAUGUGGACUGGCUGCCCUACCUGGCUCUGCUUUUGGAGAAGAUGACAAUGGGCCCCUGCACGGACGGUUCCGACUGCGGAUGGCCACUAGUUAUUUGUACUUCCAAAACGAGGUUGAUCGAUAUGAAAAGGGAUAUGAUAUCCUCGAGCGCUGUGCUUCCGGGGAAGAGAUCCAGCUUCCGUACUUGGAGGAGGCGAUCAGAUCCCUGGAAAAUGCGGUACGGAAGCUGAGAAACGUCGGUCUCUAA